UGUUCAGAAUUCAAUUAAAUUCUCUCCCAGAAAAUCCUCCCAUUUUCUCCACUUCCUCUUCCUUCUCAUUUACAGUUCACGCUUCACACCCAUUCCUUCUCUCUCCACUCACUUUCUCUCUCCUCCUCUCCAAUGGCGCUCCUUUUCAGAGACAGGAGCUCAAUUGGAGAUUCAAGAAGAGAAACCACACCUCCACCAUCUUCUUCACCAUCUCAACCACCUUCAUCUUCUCUCCCUUCACCAUUUUCCACCGACCUCACUCCUACUCUAUCUACCCUCGACAUUCGCUCCACUGCCUACGAAAUCUUCGUCGCCGCUUGUCGAACUUCUUCGGGUAAAACUCUCUCUUCCGCUGCUAACUCUUCUCCAACCUCCGCCACAAUCGCCAAUGUAAGCUCGAAUUCCGGAGGAUUGCAACGUUCGUUAACUUCUACGGCGGCGAGUAGAGUCAAGAAGGCGUUUGGGCUGAGAUCAUCGGCUUCUGCGAGUUUAGGGUUGAAGAAAAGUAGCAAUGGUAGUCCUGUGUCAGUUGGUGAAAAUAGCCCUAAAAGUAAACCAUUAACGGUUGGUGAACUUAUGAGAGUUCAAAUGAGAGUUUCUGAAACCGUUGAUUCUAGAAUUCGAAGAGCUUUUUUAAGGAUCGCUGCUUCUCAGCUUGGAAAACGUAUUGAUAACCUGGUUCUUCCACUGGAACUUUUACAACAGCUUAAGUUGUCAGACUUUACCGAUCAACAAGAAUAUGAUGCUUGGCAAAAACGAAAUUUGAGAGUGCUUGAAGCUGGUCUUAUCUUACAUCCUUAUCAGCCAAUUGGUAAAGCCGAUGCGAGUGUGCAACGAUUGCAAAAGAUAAUUCGUGGAGCUCUAGAUAGGCCAAUAGAGACAGGGAAAAAUAAUGAAUCAAUGCAAGUUCUUCGUAGUGCUGUAGUGGCUUUAGCUUGCAGAGCAGCUGAUGGAUUGUCAGAUUCUUGUCAUUGGGCUGAUGGGUUCCCUCUCAAUCUCUGUCUCUAUGAGAUGUUGUUAGAAGUAUGCUUUGAUGUUAAUGAUGAAUCUACAAUUAUCGAAGAAGUUGAUGAACUUAUGGAGCUUAUUAAGAAAACUUGGCCAAUUCUUGGCAUUAACCAGUUGUUGCAUAAUCUCUGUUUUACUUGGGUUCUCUUCAAUCGUUUUGUUGCUACUGGUCAAGUUGAAAAUGAUCUCCUAUCUGCAGUUGAUGGUCAGCUGGAAGAAGUAGCAAAGGAUGCAAAGACGACAAAGGAUUCAGUGUAUUCCAAGUUUCUCAGUGCUACAUUAACUUCUAUUUUGGGUUGGGUGGAAAGAAGGUUGCUUGCAUAUCAUGACACGUUUGAUAAUGUAAAUAUCAACACCAUGCCUAAUGUUCUUUCCAUUGGGAUAUCUGCUGCAAAGAUAUUAGUUGAAGAUAUAUCUCAUGAGUAUCGUAGGAAGAGGAAAGGUGAAGUUGAUGUUGCACGCAGCAGAAUUGAUACAUACAUCCGGUCAUCACUUCGCACUGCAUUUGCACAGAGGAUGGAGAAGGCAGAUUCAAGUCGGAGAGCAUCAAAGAAUCAACCAAACCCUCUUCCUGUCCUUGCUAUCCUUGCUAAGGAUGUUGGUGAGCUUGCUGCACAUGAGAAGAAAGUAUUCAGUCCGAUAUUGAAGAGGUGGCAUCCUUUGGCAGCUGGUGUUGCUGUUGCUACCCUCCAUGCUUGCUAUGGGAAUGAAUUGAAGCAGUUUAUUUCGAGUAUAUCAGAGUUGACACCCGAUGCUGUGCAGAUAUUGAGAGCAGCUGACAAGUUGGAGCAAGAUCUUGUUCAGACAGCAGUUGAGGAUUCAGUAGAUAGUGAAGAUGGUGGCAAGGCAGUUAUCCGUGAGAUGCCACCAUACGAGGCGCAAGCUGCUAUGGCCAAUUUGGUUAAAGUUUGGAUGAAAAUGAGACUAGAUAGAAUGAAAGAACGAGUUGAUAGAAACAUUCAAGAAGAGGUAUGGAAUUCUCGUGCGGUUCAAGAUGGACUUGCCCCUUCUGCUGUCGAGGUUCUACAGGUCACAGAUGAUAUUUUAGACGCAUUCUUUCAGCUGCCCAUUCCGAUGCAUCCAGUACUGCUUCCCGACUUAGUAGUUGGUCUUGACCGAUGCUUACAAUACUAUGUAAGCAAAGCUAAGUCUGGCUGUGGAUCACGAAAUACAUUUCUACCUACUAUGCCGGCUCUGACAAGAUGUUCCAUUGGAUCAAAAUUAGGUGUAUUUAAGAAAAAAGAAAAACCUUUAAGUUCUCAGAGAAAGAGUUCUCAAGUGGCUGUGAAUGGGGAUACUGCUUCUGGAGUGAUGCAACUUUGCGUGCGAAUAAACACCUUGCAUAGGAUUCGGUUAGAGUUGGAAGUUGUCGAGAAAAGAAUAAUCACUCAUUUGAGGAAUUGUGAGUCUGCUCGUGAAGAAGACUUUUCCAAUAGCACGGGAAAGAAGUUUGAGUUGACACCAGCGGCAUGUAUAGAGGCAAUCCAUCAACUUUCUGAGGCACUAGCUUACAAACUUGUCUUCCAGGAUUUAAGCCACGUCUUAUGGGAUAAUUUAUAUGCAGGAGAUGCAUCAUCAUCUAGAAUUGAGCCUUUCCUGCAGGAGCUAGAACAGAACUUAUUGAUCAUAUCAGACUCUGUGAGUGAAAGAAUACGCACACGAAUUAUCACCGACAUUAUGAGAGCUUCAUGUGAUGGAUUCUUGUUGGUCUUGCUUGCCGGAGGACCUUACCGUGCCUUUUCGCGCCAAGAUUCUCAGAUUAUAGAGGACGAUUUCAAAGCCCUCAAGGACCUUUUUUGGGCUAAUGGUGAUGGGUUGCCUACUGAUUUAAUCAACAAAUAUUCAUCUACAGCUAGGGAAGUCCUUCCUCUCUUUCGCACUGAUACAGAAUCUCUCAUUGAACGUUUUAGACGUGUGACAUUGGAAACUUAUGGUUCUUCCGCCAAGUCUAGGUUUCCACUACCUCCCACUUCUGGUCAAUGGAACCCCACCGAACCAAACACAUUACUACGUGUCCUGUGUCACAGGAAUGAUGAUGCGGCUUCAAAAUUCCUUAAAAAGACUUAUAAUUUACCCAAGAAACUAUAACUUAUGAUGUUUUCGGUGCUGCUAUUAAAGGAUGAGACUACCCUUUUGGUUCACGGAUUGUUCGAGCGAAGCAGUAAUCACUUGGCAAAUUUUGCAGAUUACUAAAAUAUGGUUGAGCACCAAUUUGAAGCUGGCACAUUCAGUAAGCUUCGUAUAGUCGGAGCACAAGACAAAUAGCCUCUGAAGCUUCUACAGAUCGGUAGCAUUGGUAUAUGACAGCUGCAUAUUUAGAUUCAUUAUCUUAUUAUAUAUGGUAAUUUGUGGUGUUAUUGGUUCAUCUUUUGAUCAGUUUGCUGGCUUUUGUAGCAUUGUGUUCUUGCUUUUCUCUGUUGAGAUUUUAGGUCACUUCAGGUACCCAAGUGCAAUCACAGAAGGUUUGAUGGUCAUAUACCAUUGUUCAUAGUGCUAUUAAUUAUUUUUAUGUAUUAUACCCAUUUUGUAUAAUAUAUUUGAAAUCAUAAUUCUUUUUAUCAAAGAUACUCAACAUUAUUUGUUGGCAUUGA